AUGACCACAUAUCAUCCCCAAGCCAAUAGUCAAGUUGAAGUAUGCAACAUGGAGGUCAAGAAAAUCCUCAAGAAGAUGAUUCGGCUAGAUGGGAAGAAAUGGGUGAACAAGCUUUUUGAUGCCCUAUGGGCUUACGAAACCACUUACAAGAGCCCUUCGGGGAUGUCCCUUUAUAAGGUCAUAUAUUGGAAAACUUGUCAUCUUCUAGUUGAGAUUGAGCACAAGGCAUAUUAG